UUCUAUCAUUUGAUGAUUGAAUGGUCACAAUAUACGACCAAUUUUAUUUGAGUACAAUUUACUUCAGAUAUACGAUGAAGAUUUUUCGAGUAUGGCAUCAGCUUCAAGUAUUGUAAGUCCUGAGGAGGAUAGGAGCGCGGUUGAGAGAUUGCAAAAUGGAAUCGACGGAAAAAUUUUGUCAGAUUCUGAGUUCGAUAACACCCCUAUCGAAAAUAAGGGCCAUUCUUUAAAUUUUACUGAUUUGCAAAGAACUUUGACGGUGCUUGGUGAUAAAGUAGAAAGACAGACGGCAGUUGCGGAUGAAAUUGAUUAUGGAAUGACAGUUGUGAGUGAGAACGAAUCUUCGUCGAAUGGUGUAAAAAUCGGCGGAUUUCCUCCCAUGCCAGUUGGAGGAGAGCAUCUGUCAAAUGAAACCGAGAACGAAAGAAAAUUCCCGGAAAAAGACCAAGUUAGAAGCGAGGCGGCGACCAUAAAAUAUGGGGUUGACAAUAUUUCCAACGCGGCCCAAAAUUCUCAAGAAGCUUCAAUUACGGAACAUGUUUCUAGUUCGCAACCAAGUGCCGCUUCUCUUAUAAAUUCAAGCAAGUCUGUAGAAAAUGAAGGUGAACCGAUUAAAGACAGUCAUAUAUUUUCUAGAACUGAACUUCAAAGUGAUCGCGAACAAAAGAACACAGAAUUAAAAGUCCAAAAUGAAGUCGUUGAACAAAACUCCGAGCCACCAGACAUGACACUGGCCAUCUCGCAUACAAAGGUAGAAGAUAGUAUGAGGGAUUAUUUCUUACCAAAUUUUAAAGAUUCCACUACGCGCGAUCAAAGUUGCCCUGAAAGUUCAGCUUCGAAUAGUUUUGGUUCUCCUAGUAACUCGUCAACUAUUUUAAUGGCCAAAAGUGAGGACGUAUCGCAGUGUUCGGGGCUAAACGCUGUCCUAACCACGGGAGGAACUGAGGAGACGUCCCCUACGCCGGACUUGAAGAUCGGUACCCACGACGUGUCUGAGCUUCGUCAGGUUUUCGAAGCCGUUGACGAGGAAGGCACCGGCACUGUCAAGAUAUCAAGAUUCAUGCAACUGGCCGGACUUCACCUUGGUCAUUCGCAACAGACCAUCACUGAGAUGCUGCCGUCCGUGUCUGAUGACGUCAUCAAUUUCGAGCAGUUUUGUGACGUGGUCAUUGCACUACGCCAUUCGGAUGAAACUCUACCCGAAGCCGAAAGAGCAUCCAACAGUGUCUCGGUAGUGGAACCGUCUCCAGAUCAAGUUCAUCCGGAACCAUUUCAGCCAGAAUCACCAUCACCUCCGUCCUACCCUCCACCUCCCAUCCCAUCAUCCAUCUCUCCUCCAUCAUUCGUCGAGGCUGAGGUCUUCACUAACUAUUCCGACGCUCACGACGACGUUCCACUUCGCCGGACCAAUCGUCAACGAAAACAACCCAUCCGGCCACGCGGAUUCUACAGAACUCGUAGCUUACCCGCCCCUCCUUCGAGUUACCGCUCCUCUACUUCCACAAACAGCUUCUUUUUCCCCAAUCAACAGUCCUCCCCAUACUCCUCGUCUCCCCCUGCCGACCAUACGCUUCCUGAGGAAGAAGACCUCAACGCCAGAAUGCGUGGGGAAGAAACAGGGUCACCGUCCUCCCUCAGCGAGGUCGACUCCGCCAUCGGUGGGAGCACCACGUCCCCAGGGUCGUGUCGCAAGGCAAACAGUGGCACGUGGAGUGUGGGCGACCGCGAGGUGAACUAUGAGUGCUACGGUGAAGCUGACGACCUGGAGGAGCCUGACGUCGCUCCGUACGCUGGAGACUCAGCGAGUCCCGUACAGCCGAGCUCCCUGCCCCCCGCGACGCUGGGCCACCGCAGCUCCUGGGGGCGACGCUCCCUCCGCUGCGCUCCCGCUGCUGGGGGGCGACGCAUGGGCGGCGGAGGGACGGCGGCGGGGGCGGCACAACAGCUUUUCAGGUCGCCGUCCUUUUCGUCGGGACGGUCGUCGGGCGUGGCCGUGGACGGCGACGACCUGCAUAGCGAUGCGUCCAUGGAGGACGACGUCCAUGAUCUCAUGAAUCAGGUGAAGCUGCUCCAGAACAGAGUCGAGGUCUUGGGUGACAACCAAAAUGACUCGCAGGAGCGAAUCGUCAGAGUCAAACAGGACAACUCAGUGCUGCAGGCCAGAGUGGUGAUGUUGGAGGAGCAGCUGCGUGACGCUGAGCAGCGUGCUGAGGAGCGUCUGGCAGACGAGCAGCGGCGUAACCGCGAGCUCAUACAGCGCGUCGAGCGCGAGAAGGCGCUCACCGUAGAGAACUACGCCAUCAAACAAGAAAAUCUGGAGAAGACGAACGCUCGUCUGGAGGAGGAACAGCAGCGGCUGCGCGCGAAGCUGGACCGGCAGCAGCGCGAGCGCAACGAACUCGAGAACAGAAUUUCUGAGGCUGAGAUCGCCGCGAAUAAUUUAAGAGAAGAAAACAAAGCGCUGCUAGCGCAAGUCAGAAGUGAAUUUCUGGCGGAACAUGACAAAUCUGAAAAGAUAAUCUUAGAACUGAGGGGAGAAAUAGAGCGUUUAACUAGCGUGGUGGAGAGCGCAGGCAGAGCGAGAUUACCGAGCACCGACAGCCUCUCCACGGACCAUCUCAACGCGACGCUCCAGGCGCUCAGACAACACAAUAAAAGCCUGGAGGAGCAGGUAGAGGAGCUACAGGCGCAGCUGCUGACGCGGGGCGUGGAGGAGGGGCGGGAGCUGGUGACGGCUGUCAGUGGCAACUCUCUGGCCGCUGAGUUCCAUGCCAUGACACAGGAGGAGGUUGAACUCAAGGAACGAGAAACUGUAGAAGAGCUGCAGAAGUCGCUUCACGACGUGCAGGAGGUGAACCUGCAGCUCAGGACCUACAUAGACGGCAUCCUACUCAACAUCGUCGAGAACCACCCCCAGCUGCUUGAAGUUAAACGAAAGCCUUCAUCAUAACGAAAGCCUUCAUCAUAACGAAAGCCUUCAUCAUAACGAAAGCCUUCAUCAUAACGAACAUUUUUGCUUUUAGCUACUUAGAUCUGAUGUAUGACCUUGUAUUGUUAUAGUUUGAAGCAGCGUGUGCUGCUUGAACAAUCACUUAAUUGACCGUGCCUUGAUUUUAAAAUAUUAUUGAAGUGCCUGCGUGUGAUUUUAGUUAAUUUUACGUUUAGGUUUGUUGUUGUACUUAUAUUUUCAUUGGAUGUUAUGGCGAUUUAUGUACUAUGUGGAGACUUUUAUUUCUGGUGCAUGUUAUUAUUAUGACUGGGAAAUUCCUUCGUGUUUUACAAUGCAAAAGUUAAUAUUUUAGAAAGUUAUAAAUUUCAAUUAUGAGUCCUUUUACUUUUGCAUUUUAGUAGGCUGUCGCGGUAUGGCAUUUUUUAUUAGGUACCCAGCUACUUAUUUUUGAAUACUCGUUUGAUAUUAACGUAACAAACCCUGUAAUUUUUGUUCUUUAAUAUGUUUAGAAUGUGAAAAAGCUCUGAAGCGUUAAAUGUUCCAGAACAAAGGUUGUAAGUUCAUGGUAUUAUUUACGAAGCAUUUGUUUCAUGUCCAGCAGUGAGAGCUUGCUCAUCUUCUGAUGACAUUAGUCGCCUGUCCCGCUGUCGACUGUCAGCCCGUCUUCCCGUCUGAAAUAAACAGUUUGUUAGGCUACCGAUGAAAGCGUCUGUCUUGUAACUUCCAGAAUAUUUCAUAAGUCGAGGAUAAACCUAUAAUGUUGGGUGUAUUUAGAAGCUUCAUGUGUCAUAAAGUGAACAAAGUCGA